AUGGAGACCCGUCACAAAUGCACUUCCCAGUCGUACUGUGUUUCAGUGAAAUCUCGGAACGGCCUCGUGCAGCGAUCCUGCGACGGCAACUCUAUGGCUCAUAUCUCACUUUGCGCGCUGAGUCCACCAAGAAGAAGAGUUACGAAUAGUGAUUUCAUUUACGGAAGUAGUGGAGGAACAAGCAUUCAUCCGUCGGCGCGACUACCAAGAAAACUUUCUCAGUUCUCUGACAACGAGAAGUCGGGAAUCCUACGGGCGGGGCGCAUUCAGCGGAGGAGAACUUCUCGAACAAAAUUGGGGGCAUUUAAAGCUACGAUAUGCCCACUGACCUUUUUCGGCCACUGA